AUGGCUGCUGACCUUAGCCUUCUCUCACUGACCCAAAACUUAGCUCAAUCUCAACAAAAUCACAACGACCACCAAAACCUAAUGGCUGCUGCUGGCUCCUGGGUCUGGAACCAUAACCCCCAACCUCAUGAAUCCGAUGAUGAUUCCUGGGAGGUUAAGGCCUUUGCCGAUGACAGAGGUCAUGCCAUGGGCACAACUUGGCCCCCGAGGUCUUAUACUUGCACUUUCUGCCGAAGGGAGUUCCGGUCCGCUCAAGCCCUCGGCGGCCACAUGAAUGUGCACCGUCGUGACCGGGCUCGUCUUCACCAGUCACAUCCUCCUCCUGCUACUACUACUACUGUUCCAUUAAUCAGCCAAACCACAUCAGCGUUUCCUACUCAAGAAUUCCCCACAAAUGGCAGCCUUUGCUUUCUCUACCAAUUACCUACACCUAAUGGGGUUUUCACUUCUCCACCUAUCAACGCAUCCUCCAUGUCACCGUAUCCUUUUAACAACUCAAUGGCACCACCGGGGAAGAACAAUUCUCCCUCCUCUCCUCUCUGGUACUCGAUGACCGGAGCCGAACCACCCACUGAUAAUAAUAGUCUCAACGAAGAGGUUGAUCUAGAGCUUCGACUAGGGCAUAGACCAACACCAUAUUGA